AAUCCUCCUUUGUCUUUUCGAAAUAAUUUUACGACUUUCACAAAUUCCUUAUAGAUAUCUUGGUCAAAUAAUAAACUUUUUAUUGUCUUCGCAUUCACAAAUAUCGAAAUGGCGCAAGCAGCUGGAACUUACAACAAUCCCUUGAAGAAGUUCAAGUACGUUGUCUUUUUGUAUUGUUCGUCACCGCAUCACUAAUUAUGCUCGCAGGCUGGUCUUCCUUGGAGAGCAAAGUGGUAUGGACCUCAUGCGGCAUGCUAUCUGGCUGUGAAGUUAACAAUGGAUUCAGUUGGCAAGACUUCUCUGAUUACACGCUUUAUGUACGACUCUUUCGACAACAUGUACCAAGCAACUAUCGGUAUAGAUUUCCUUUCCAAAGUGAGCAUUCUUCGAGCACCAAAUGGAUUCCAACGAGUCUAAUUCCACUUUUAGACUAUGUACCUUGAGGAUCGGACUGUCCGGUUACAACUGUGGGACACAGCGGGACAAGAGAGAUUUCGAAGUUUGAUCCCUUCAUACAUUCGGGAUUCGAGUGUAGCAGUGGUGGUUUAUGACAUUUCGAGUACGAUAUCACGCUUAGCUCUUAUGCCUCACCGUCUAACAAUUUUUCAGAUCGAAAGUCAUUCCAAAACACAAGAAAGUGGGUGGACGACGUCAGGGGAGAACGAGGAAACGAUGUUAUCAUUGUCCUGGUCGGCAAUAAGACAGAUUUGAACGACAAAAGAGAAGUCACAACUAGUGAAGGAGAAGAGGAGGCAAAAAAGAACAACUUAAUGUUCAUUGAAACGAGUGCAAAACUCGGUCACAAUGUGAAGACUCUGUUCAGGAGGAUAGCUCAGGCUUUACCUGGGAUGGAAGGCGCGGACAAUGCUGCAGCGCCUAACCAAAGUGAGUUUGAAUGUGUUCGACAGCACUGAAAGCAAUUGCUAACCUUUGAACAGUGAUUGAUGUUAACGUCAACCCAACCCCUGUCAAUCAAGAAGGGUGUGCAUGUUGAACGAGGACAGGAAAUGAUGGAAGUAAUCAGAUUCUUUUCGAUGCUUGUCUUAAUUGGGGGUUUGAAGGGAUUAGGAGCAUAGCGUUUACUACGCACUUAUAUGAUAAUGAUAGGGUACCAUCUUCGGCGUACUUAAUGAGCUCUUGAAGUAAUUGUAGACUAGGGGUUAAAAGCUAGGUGAUAAGAUUUUGGAAUAAAUGACACGAUUUACCUUAUUGAUUUUCUCAUUUU